GGAUCUUUGCUUCUGUAAGAAAGGGAAACUGAUCCCGGGCCCAGAGCAAUGACUUUCUUGUUCCCUACCUUUCUGUCCUGAGGCCUCUUUAGGAACGGCUAAGCCCCGUGUGGUUCCAGCAUCUCGGCCAUCCCUGCACGGGCCCAGCAGAGUCAGGGCGCCCUGGCAGCCCCACACUCAUUAGACGAGCUCUGCUUUGAAUUCCCGUCUCAACUCCUUGGAAUUAAUAUUUAUCACACAUCUGGAACUUGCUCACCAUCACACUCCCUGUCCGGUCGUCAGAAUAAUGAAGGGAUCUUUCUAGGGCCUAGCUGGCUAAGUGCUUGCUGUGAGCGGUUUUUAAGUGCUCCGAGUCAUCGAUCUUCGGCUGCUGCGGUUGGCAAAGGGCAGUGAGUGACCUGCAGGAAGAAGGCAGACAUGCCAUCAACUCACCGAUGUCCCCCGCCUCGGCGGAUGUUCACCCCGAAGACACCCUGCUAGAGGAGAACGAGGAGCGCACGAUGAUCGACCCCACCUCCAAGGACGACCCCAAAUUCAAGGAGCUUGUCAAGGUUCUCAUCGACUGGAUCAAUGACGUCCUGGUGGAGGAGAGGAUCAUCGUGAAGCAGCUGGAGGAGGACCUUUACGAUGGCCAGGUGCUUCAGAAGCUCUUGGAAAAGCUGGCAGACUGCAAGCUGAACGUGGCCGAGGUGACACAGUCUAAGAUAGGCCAGAAGCAGAAGCUGCAGACGGUGCUGGAAGCGGUGCAUGGCCUGCUGCGGCCCCACGGCUGGGCGCUCCAGUGGACCGUGGACUCUAUUCACGGGAAGAACCUGGUGGCCAUCCUGCAUCUCCUCGUGGCCCUGGCCAUGCACUUCCGGGCCCCCAUCCGUCUCCCCGAGCACGUGUCUGUGCAAGUGGUGGUCGUACGGAAGCGGGAAGGCCUGCUGCAUUCCAGCCACGUCACAGAAGAGCUGACCACAACGACGGAGAUGAUGAUGGGUCGCUUUGAGCGCGACGCCUUCGACACGCUCUUUGACCACGCCCCGGACAAGCUCAGCGUGGUGAAGAAGUCUCUCAUCACGUUUGUGAACAAGCACCUGAAUAAGCUGAACUUGGAGGUGACAGAGCUGGAGACCCAGUUUGCAGAUGGCGUGUACCUGGUUCUGCUCAUGGGCCUUCUAGAAGACUACUUUGUGCCCCUGCACAACUUCUAUCUGACCCCAGACAGCUUCGACCAGAAGGUCCACAACGUGGCGUUUGCCUUUGAGCUGAUGCUGGACGGAGGGCUCAAGACACCCAAAGCUCGGCCUGAAGAUGUGGUGAACCUGGAUCUCAAAUCCACCCUGAGAGUUCUUUACAACCUGUUCACCAAAUACAAGAAUCUGGAGUGACAGCAGUGAGCCGCAGAGCCUGUGCCAGGCGUGCGGGCCUGGCUUCCCCCACCCCACCGCACCCCACCCCAUCCCACCCCACCCCUGCUCCACCAGCCUGUUUGGGUCAUUGCUCAUAAGCUCCAUAGUGUAACACACAGUGGGCAGCAUCCUUUAAAAUGCAGGGUUCGGCACCCCCCUGUGCUUGUGUGUGGCCCCAUGGGUUCUCACUAGUCGGCCCUGAUCCCACCCAAAUCCCCCAGCCUGUGGGAGGGGCGCCCCGAAAGCCUUUCCACGGAGGAGUUAAUGACCGCGGGUGAUCACAGCAGCCCCGACCGCUCUGCAGGAGCCAUGGGUCAGCUUGACCGGUGCGGGCGACUCUCCUUGGAAGCAAGGCCUUUUUAGUAAAAAGCGUUUUGUAGUUUUAAAAACUCCCCUCUAAAGUCCCAGAAGCUUCUGAUGGGAUGGGAGGGCCCGCCCCACAUUCUGCCUCUUGAUCAGCCAGUAUUCUUUUCAUUUACCUUUUGCACAAACGUCUAAGACCCGGGUGACCCUCAGCUGCCACUGCGUGGGAGGCAGGAUUUGCUGAGGCGAUUUUGGAGGGGGUUUUUUUUGGUGUUUUUGUUUUGGGUUUUUGUUUUUGUUUUUUUGGUGACAGCCAAGUGGGCUGCGUCAGGAACCAGAUCUAAAAUGUCGCUUGACACAUCUCAGAGGCCCUGUUUGGGAAUCGAUGCAUUUUUAAGCUUUUAAAAAACGGAGUCUCUCCAUUUGCAGGGGCCGCUGUAACAAAGUGGGGGCUUAGACGACAGGAAAACAGGACUGUGUUGUCUCCCAGUGGCGGAGGCCCGAAGCCCAGCAUUGAGGCAGGGCUGGCGCCGCCGGAAGCCCCUCUCCUUGGCUUGCAGGUGGCCAUCCCUCCCCCGUGUCCUCCCUCUGUCCCUGGCUGUGUCCUAAUCUCCUCUUAUAAGGACACCAGCCAUAGGGAUGAGGGCCACCCAUGACCUCAUUGUAAUGUCCUGGCCUCUGCAAAGACCCCAUCUCCAAGUAUGGUGACAUUCUGAGGUGCUCAGGGUUAGAGCUUCAACAUAUGGAUUCCGGGGGACACAGUUCAGCCCUUACUGGGGGGAUACGAAGUCUUCAUCCCCCUCCCCCGCAGCAUGGCUUUCUGGAACCCUGCUGGCAUCUCCCACUGGGUACUCCCAAAAGGGAUGCUCUUGGUCCCCUCCCCUACUCACCUUGGCUCAAGAGAGAUGGGGGGGCCUCCCCUCUGCUGAGGGGGGCACCUGCACUGUGUCACUGCACCUGCAGCGCCCCCGCCGGCAGCCUCCUCCCUGGGCUCAGCAUUUGCUGCCAAGCAGGACGGGUCUUUCUCAUCUCAGAUUUUCACCUUCCCGCUGUCGAUCAGAGCUGUUGAGCUGGUUGUUAGUAUUAAAUCGAACGCCGGCGCUCGCGACUCAGGAAACCCUUUGCUGUUGUGUCUCAGCUCUACAGCCGCCAGGCUGGCGGGAGUUUCCAAAUAACCGUUGUGAUGGAAGUGGUUUCCCAGCAGGAGCAAGAAAUAAUUAAAACAGUAUUACGGUGUCUCUUGUGGGAUGCGGUGACAUUAAAGGGCCACUUUGACAAAAUA